CUUCUUUGCAGGUCCGUCGACAUGUUACAGGUACCGCUGCCCCUGGACCGCGAUGGGAUCCUGUUCCGGCUCCGUUUCACCACGCUGGCUGUUGGCACCGUGUUCUGCCCGCUGUUUGGUUUCCUUUUCUGCGUGAUCUGGUCUCUGCUGUUCCAUUUCCAGGAGACGACAGCCACCCACUGCGGGGUCCCCAACUACCUGCCCUCCAUCAGCGCCGGGGUCGGGGGCGAGACCCCUCAGCGCUACGUCUGGCGGCUCUGCAUCGGCCUCCACUCGGCGCCCCGCUUCCUGGUGGCGAUCGCCUACUGGAACCACUACCAGAGCUGCCGCUGCACGCACCCUCGCUACCUGCGCCUCUGCCACUUCAACCUGCUGCUCAACCUGCUCGAAAACUUCGCUCUCCUCGUCCUGACCUACGUGUCCUCGUCGGAGAACUAUGCAAUCCACGAAAACGCCUUCAUCGUCUUCAUCACGUCGGCUUUGGGCCACAUGCUGCUGACGUGCGUCCUGUGGAGAAUGACUAAGAAACACACAGUAAGUCCCGAGGUACAGCACCUUUCCUUUCUUCUGCGCGCUGGGCUGGGCCGGGCUCUCCGCUGGCGGUGCAAGGGCUUUGCCUGUCUGCGCCUCCGAAACGAGCACAGCCGGGUGGUGAAUCAGAUCCGCCAGCAGGUGGAACUGGCUCAAGGGAAUUAUGGUCAGCAGAAUUCAUGAUUUGACCCCGUUUACUGAAACAAACCAGGGAAGAACGUUUUAAUUCCCGUUCGCACUUAGAGCUGGUGCUGGAAGCGCUGCCCGGCUAGUGUCCCUCCUGGCCGUGGUUUGCCGGCCCCGCUCCCUUGCCUGGCGGCGCCCGUUUCGGAGCUGAACCUGGCUCUCCGUGCUGGGGAGCGG